UAAACAAUAGAAAUAAUAUACUUAACGCGUAGUUAAAAUUAGUUAAUAAUAAUUUUGUGAGAAAUAGUUAAAUCUUCGAUAUACAAAAUAUGUUGAAGAUUUUCUUCUAGCUGUCAUCGUCCUGCCAUCUAUCGUCUUUCAUUAGAAGUAUACCUUGGGUUACAUUUGUUGGUAAAAUAGGGUGUUCUUUCCAAAUUAUUUCAAAACUUGUUCUUUAAAAAAGAUUCAAACACAUUAGAUACGUUAACGAAACUUAUUCAGCACAUACUUGUAAUUAGAUGCAAGUGGAAUUCUUAUGAAGAUUUUUAAUUUCUCGAGUACGAUCAACACGUGUUUUAAGAAACACUGAGUAAAAUGUGUGGUUAUUUGGAGCUGGCAAACGUAUUGUAUAUGUUACGUUUAGGUUUAGAUACUGUCGUAACAGUUGAUAGUUAAUUAAAACGAGAAUUUAAGCUAUACCCUAAAAUAUUUAUUUAUUUAUUCUACAAAGGAAGUGGUAGACAGAUCAUCUUAAUUACUUAGAGACACUGCAUAACAAUGGAUGGCAUGUACAAAUUGUAUAACAAAAAUGCUUCCCCAAAGGUUCAUAUAAAAGAAUACUUCGAUGAAUAUCGUAAUUUGAUAAUAUCGGCAGAUUGUUUAAUAUCAACGAAACCUAGUGACACAGAUUUAAUGGAUGUGAUGGGAGCUCAACUUGGCGAGGAAGAAAUGAGCAUGCUGUCAAGUUACUGCAGCAUUGACAAUUUAACUGUAGAUGGAGAAAUGCCAAAAUUAAUAGAUAGCAGAAAAUUAAGAAAGAAAGACACAUUUGGUCCUGAAGAACCACCGGAUGUGAAUUUAAAAACUAUUGAACAUCUGAAAAGAAGGCUGAAGCAAGAAACAAAGCAUCCUUGUUGCAAGUAUCAAAGUGAAUUAUUCAUACGCUAUGAAAAGGACAAGGAAACAAAUGGAAACUUUGCAAUUCCUGGACAAGAUAUUCUGGUCUAUGUCAGAAUUUAUCAUCCCUUCUCACAACGUGCAAAAAAUAUUUCACUUAAUUCAAUAGUUCGAUUAAACAAUGUUACAGCUGUCUUAGGGUCUCAGACACUUGCAGACUUGCGUGACAAAAUAUCUUGUAUAACUGAUUGUAGCAUUUCUCGUGAAUGUAGUGAAAAUUUAGACAAGGCAAUAGGACCAAUGGCAAAAGAUGUAUACAAAUCAGGAUUUAUUUUUAUUGAAGAUACAUUUUACAAUGACACUAGACACCCUACCAAUUAUGAUUACAGUAAAGUGAUCAUUGACUGGGCACAAAGACGACCAAAUUUAGGUCCUUUCAAAGUUGCUUCAAUGGAGGAGUGUAGAAUAGAUUCUCUGUUCUUAAGAUUUGGUUUUCCAUGGGUAUAUAAGCAUCAAGGAGGCUGUGAACAUUUAAUUAUAUUUAGUGAUGCAAGGUUGAUCAAUAACAGUGAUACAUUAGCUGUAUCGGAAUAUCCACAAAUUGUAAGGAUAAGACCCAUGUCUUCUAAAUAUUGCAUGAUAUGUGGUGUGUACAUUGCACAGUGGAUCACUAUGGAACAUGAGAGAAUUCCACAUAAUCCUUGUUACUACUGUGAUGGUUGUUUUAAGUCUUACAACUAUAUCGACGGGAAGAAAGUCGGGAAUUUCAAAGCUUACGCAUAUCCGCGUAAUCUCGAAAAAGUAAAGGGCAAAAUAGAUUGCAGGAAAAACUAACUUUGUUUUUAUAGUAAAUACAGUUCUUUUGAUAUUAAAGUAUAAAUUAUUUUAUUGAUGACUUUAAAGUAUAUAACUUUCUCAAAUUAUCCCUGGCACUAUUGAAUUCUGGUUUAAUUUCUAAUGCUUUCUUGUACAUGUGUUCGGCUUCAUCGAAUUUAUUCCAUCGAUGAUAGAGUACACCUAUAUUUCAUUAAUAUAUCAUAAAAUUAACAUAGAAUUAAAAUAUGAAUCUUCAGUACUUAGAUAUAAAACUUAAAAUUUACCUAAAUUUGUAUAAAACAUUGAGUUUGUAGGAUUUUGUGAUAUUGCUUUUUUGAAAUGCACUUCUGCCUCUACAAAAUUUCCAACUUUGCCCAAUAUGUUGGCGAUAUUGAAGUGAAUUAAAGCAUCAUCUGGUAAAUACUGCAGAGCUUGAUAUGCCACUUUAAGCGCAUCAUCGCGCGUACCUAAAAUGCAAAUCUUUAUACGAUAUACCAACACAGUAUUGUUCAGUUGUGCAUACCCAGAUCAUCAAGGAGUAAUAUCAUAUUUCUCCAUGCUCUUCCGUGAUUCUUUUUUUGCUUAGUGGCGGACUUCCAAGCUUUUAAAGCUUUAUCGUAAUUUUUUUGUUCAAGGUACUGCAAUUAAUAUGAGUUAGUUUACAAUGGAUAGUUCCAUCUUUAUAUAUUAAUAAUAAGUUACCAACCAAGACACCUAGAUUAUAAAAGCAAUCAGGAUAUUUAAUUCUGUGAGACAGUGCUGUCAAAUAACUUUCUUCUGAUUCAUCGUAUUUCUUCAAAGCCGAAAGGACGAUACCUAAGUUCAUCCACGCUGUAGCAAAGUCAUCCCUAAAACUCACGACUUAAUGACAUUAUGUUCCUAAUUGAAAAAUUUUAGGCGUGAUUACAUUCAUUCUUUCAAUCUGUUCAUUGCAUCUCAAAUAGUCGGUUAUAAGUAGACUUACUGGAGCUCUAUAGCCCUUUUAAGCAAACUUUCUGCUUCUAUAUACUUUCCUUGAUCCUUGAGCAAAUUACCAAGAUUAUUCAUAGCUUGAGCAUAGUUAGGAUUUAAUCUAUUUAAAAAGAAAACGAUUGGGAUCAAGUUCUUUUUAAACAAUUAUGUUGUUCUCUUUAUACCUUAGAGCUUCUUUGUAUUCGUAGAGCGCUAAUGUUGUAUUCCCGGAGUCAGCGGCAUUCUUAGCAAUGUUGUAGUGAACCUUUGCAUUCAGUGGGCAAACGUGCAAUGCCGAUCUGAAAAGCGAGGUUUCAGUUUUCCACUCCUCGCUUCUCAUCCAAGAUCUUGCAAAAAAUAAUGAAAUGAGAACUAAGUACGCUAACAGAAUGUACUGCACAGAAACACGAUUACAAAGCUUUUGUAACCCUAUAACAAUAAGAAGACAAUAACCAGCAGAGGGAAUAUAAAGAGUUCUCUCUGCUAAGACAAAACCGACAUUGAAAAAGAUGUUGCUGGCUGGUAGAAAUGGAAUGAUUAACAUUGCUAGUCCCAUAAGUGAGUAUCUGUAAACAGAAACAAAAUUUGUAGAGUUUGUAAACACUGCAAAUGAAGUCAGUAACCUUACCUUAGAAAUAAGUCAUCACAGCAGAUGAAGAUAUGUGCAAUCAUUGUACCAAGUAUUAACCAAAAAAUAAUUACACAGAAUAUCCUAUAGUCAUAAGUAGUAAUCAAAGGUACACAACCCAUGGACCAAUCAAAGCACAACCAUUCUGGGCAUAUUAGUAGCCAUACAUUUAAGCAAUAAAUGUAACUAUAAUUCAGUAUUCGUAGGAAGACAUUGUCCAUGAAUGAAGCUGGAUUGUCUAUAGAUUGAAAAGUUGGAGGUUUAAAUCCCAUAACACUGAAUCUUGAAACCAUGAGCAUUAAACCAGACACAGAAAGUAUACAAAGUCUGAUUAUGAGCUUCUGUUUCAGGUUGAUGAAUUUUUUUGCUUCUGCAUAAGUGUACUUCAUUUUCAUAAAUCUGAUCACAUCUGAUGGUAGUAUUUUGUUCACCAUUACAAGAUCAUAUAUACCGCAAAUUCCCUGAAAAAAAUGUUUAUUAUUAUGUAUAUUGAUAUAUCAAAAUGUCUUUGUGUUUCUUACAAUUGCUGUUAUUCCUGUCUCCUUGCAUAGCAUUGCAGUUGCAAUGGAUAGAAUGCAACCACACAUGCUACACCAUCUAUAUAAUAAUUUAUUUGCAUAGAUUGAUUGAUAAUAUAGUAAGAUAGAUGUCCACAUAAAUAAAGCACAUAAUAAUUCUGCUCUUCCUACAAUGCCUGAGACCUGUAUAUCAAAAGAAAUCAUUAAUUAGAUCAUAGUUGACAGAUACAGAAUGCAACUUCAAUGAUGCAGAAUGCAACUUACAGCUUCUGUAUGUAUUGGAUGAACAGCAAACAAUGCAGUUGCAUAAAAUGCAGUGUUCUGUCCUCUUGAACCCAAACAUACAAUAAAUGUGGGCAACAACAGGAUGCAGACGAAUGUAUGUAAAAUAAUGUUUAUCAAGUGAUAAUCUUGAGCAACCAAACUUUUUCGAAACCAAAAAUGCCAUCUACAAGAAGAUAUGUAACAUGUACAAGUGAAAU